UGCUAUGUAUAUUAUUACUUUAUUAUGCAUAAUGUCAACUUAAGACAUUAAGAAUGGGUGAAACUGCUAGACGAAGUUUUAGAUACUCUACUUUGCCGGCUAUCGAAACUUUGCAGAGAAAUGUACGGCCUGUCCCGACGUACCAUAGCAGGAAACCCCGUGAUAUACCUUUUCAUUUACCACACAGAAAACUUCUUGACAAAAUUGAAUAUGUUAAAAAGGAGCCUGAGCCUUUGACUGGUUUUACUUUUGCCCAAGAAGAAAGGUUUAGAAAAGAGAGAAAGCCUGAUCAUUUAAAACUAGAGGCAUUAGUGAAAGAUGAGCCUAAAAAGAAAAGGAUUAAAAUCAGAGUAUCUGUGAGUGAGGCAGACCUCAAUCUUGAACCAGUUGAGAUAGAUCCUUUUAAAACGAAGCCAGAGGUAUCAUCCCAGAAGGAAGUUAUUGAUUUCAUUCGGUCUCAUCCAGAGCAAGGCUUUCUGUAUAUGAUAUAUGCUGUAAGCCCAGAGAAUGUGUAUUUUACUCCAUAUUAUCUGAAGGUUGUACCUUAUGAUCAAAUUGACAAGAAGAACUACUUAACUAUCAGUCCAUGUGGAGUGACUCACUACACAAAUGAAAUGGUAUUUACCAAGUUGGCAGAUUGGGAACAAGAAUACACUAUCUUCGUGAAGCUUACGGAUAUAAAAUUUUUCAAAGUAUACCGCUAUUGGAAGGCAUAUUAUGUAUGGAGAAAGUCUAUUGUGUUUAGAAAGUACAGCAAAAUGCGAAUGAAGUUGUUUAAGAACCUGUUCAUACUCACACCAGUCCUAGGGAAAGCCUUACUUAGUAUUCAGGCCAUGGUCUGUGAAAUGUACAUGAAAAGCUUUGCCGAUUUGAGUAGAGAUAUGGAUACAGCUUUCUUCUACUUCUAUGAAGUGCAGAUGAAACGUAUUGAGUACAUUAGAGACAAGUUAACUGAAUAUCGUUCUGUAGUGCUGGAUGUGAUCACACAAGCUUGCCAUACUGCCCUCUAUAUACAAGGGUUUACGUAUGACGAUCGCCAUGUUCCACCAUUUCAGAUUAUUAGGGGUAAGCCCACUGGAGGCAUGUCUUAUACAGAAAAAGCUAAUAAAAGGAAAUAUUGCGAGAGACUAGCUUGUUUUAUAAAAGUUACUGACUACAUGACUAAUUACAUGCUAUAUCGCCUAACAAAGAGAUCAAAUGCAAUGAUGGCUGGCAUGUUACGCAUCCACGUGAAGUACACUCCACCGCAAGAGCUGCUAGAGGGGACUGCUGUCGACGAAGUACUUGAAGUGAUACCGCGCCCUGAAGACACAUGCAAGUGGGCUUUGUUCCAAGUGGAUGCCUAUGUAUUGCCAAGUGGUGAAGUGGAACUAAAUCCUAGUGGAGAAAUAAUAUCAACAUACAUGGAGAAGAUGACUACUUACUGGGAUGAAUAUGUCAGAAAUUUUCAAAAUUUUUUGAAUGAAGAGACUUUGCAAAUUUUUGUUCAGCCUACAAUAAUGGGGAAGCUAGUUGAAUGGUCCGCAGGGGAGUCGCCUAACUUGUAUUUCUUGAUGAAUCAAGACAAGCAAAUGUUGGAUGACAUCGAGUUCAUUCCAUAUGCUCAUAGUCAUGGUUACGAAUGCGUCUGGAUGUUCUUGACACGCAUGCAAUGUUUCAUGGACCAUUACAGGGAGGCUCACGAGAUAGACGUAGAAGAUAUUAAAAAAGAAAGAGAUGUUAAUGAGUUUAAAAAGCUUUGUGAGAAGUUGAUGAAGCAAAUUGCGGUGAUAGAAGAAGUUAUUCCUUAUCAACCGCUUGGACUGAUAUUUUUGAGCUUGUGUCCAUUCCAAGAGUUGUUCAGGCCGCAACCGAGACGAUUGUUUGAAGUCGUCGUUAAUGUGACACCAGAAAUUGGACACGAUUGUAUUGAGGAAAUACUGAACGGUAUCGAUAAUAUAACGGAUGAUAUCACAAAGGAGCCGGAGACGGCGGCUGAGCUGGUGGCCUUCAACUUUAUGUUGGACGGACUGGAAGCGCGCGUCGCCUUCCUGGAGGAGCGCCUCGAAUAUCUUAGGGAGUUGUACGACCUGAUGGGAGAAUUCAACUGUCCCAUACCGCCCGACGACGUAUCUGAGUAUUUAGGACUUAGUGUUGCGUUGGGUACAUUACGAACCAACGUGGACGCCCGGUUAGAGACACGCGGUAAGCUCGCAGGCAUGUUUGCCAGUCAGAUCGGGAAGGACAUCAUGGACCUCAUGACCGACGUGAACGCGCUCAGGGAAGAGGUCGCGGCGCCAUGGUUUUACGAUGAAAAAUCGGAUAUGGAGAAGGUUCUGGAGGCUUUGGACGAAUUGAUGGAGAAGCUACAGGCUUGUGCUGCGAGGGAUAAACAAAUACGAGAAUGGCAGAAGAUAUUCAAAAUCCCUCCUGCCAGACUAGAACAACUAGAUGAAGCAAUAAACGAUGUGAAACUCAGACAAAUGCUUUGGAAGUCAUCUAAGCAGUGGCUGGAUUUGUACAAUUCCUGGUUUGAUGCACCUUUUAAUACAUUAGAUGUUGAUGAAAUACAAGCUACAACUAUAAACUUUGGUAAAAUAUUUAAUCAGCUAGACAAAGGUUUACCGAUAAAUAAGAUAGUACCAAAAUGCAAGAGGACUAUAGAUAUUAUCAAAGAAAAGUUGCCAGUGAUGUCAUAUCUUCGGAACCCGGCGCUGAAGCCGCGCCAUUGGGUGCGCAUCGAGGAGAUCCUCAAAACGAGGUUCUCGCCGGAGCAGGUGCUGACCCUGGCGAUGUUCGAGGAACUGAAGGCGUUCCAGCACGCGGAAGAACUAAUGGAAGUAGCGGGCCAGGCCAGCUCGGAGGCCGGCCUUGAGGGCCUGCUUAAGAAGGUGGAAGAGUUGUGGGCUGCACUGGAGUUCCCUGUGAUAAUGCACAAGGACCAGCGGGACGUGUACGUGCUGGGAGGGUUGGAGGAGGUUCAGACUGCGCUCGACGAGAGCAACAUCCACAUCAGCACCAUCCUCAGUUCUCGGAACUGCGGCCCUAUCAGGAGCAGGGUCGAGGAGUGGUUCAAACAUCUCGAGCUCUUUGCCAAAACGCUGGAAGAGUGGACUCAAUGCCAGCAAACGUGGAUGUACUUGGAGGUAAUAUUCUCGGCCCCUGAUAUCCAGCGACAACUGCCCAAUGAGACUCGGCUCUUCACGAUGGUCGACAAGUCAUGGAAGGACGUUAUGAGAAAACUACACAAGGUGCCUUUGGCAAUGCCGGCAGCCACCCAACCAGGUCUAUACGAGGAGUUUGUUAGAAAUAACGAAAUGCUGGAUCAGAUUAUGAAGUGCCUUGAAGCGUACUUGGAAACGAAGCGAGUUGCUUUCCCGAGGUUCUUCUUUCUGUCCAACGAUGAAUUGUUGGAGAUAUUGGCUCAGACCCGUAACCCACAUGCCGUGCAGCCACAUUUGCGCAAAUGUUUCGAUGCGAUCGCGAAAUUGGAGUUCGGCGUAAAGUUGCCUGAGACCGAAAUGGUGAUGACGGAAGAUGGCACACUCAUCGAGAGGGAGAUGUCGUUUGCCACGAGAGACGCGCUUCAAGCCCGUCUGGCCAAAACCGCGAGACAAGAAGAACUGACUACCGACAUCAUAGCCAUGCUAUCUCCCGAAGCAGAGAGAGUCAACUUGGGCAAAGGUCUUAAGGCUCGUGGGAACGUUGAGGACUGGCUGGGAAAGGUGGAAGAGGCAAUGUUCGCGUCUGUUAAGCGGUGCAUGAAGAUUGCUCUGAAGGACUACACCGCGCACCCGCGUGUUGAGUGGGUUCAACUACACCCCAACCAGGUAGUACUUACCGUCUCGCAAAUUAUGUGGGCUAAAGGGGUCCAUCAGAUAUUGGAACUUGACGCGGUGUUGCGCAUUGAUUUGGGUUUGAUCAAUUAUGAAGCUAAAUGUAUAAUAGACUUGAACGACCUCGCUGCUUUGACACGUCAAGACUUAACUUCGCUGUUCCGAAAGGUGCUGUGUGCCCUCAUUACAGUAGACGUUCACGCCAGGGAUACCAUAACGCACAUGGUUGCGAAGAAAGUACGCCACGCAAACGACUUUGAAUGGCUGAAGAUGAUUCGAUAUUAUUGGGAAGAUGAUAUAGACAACUGCGUGGCUAGGAUGUCUAGUGCGAUGUAUAUUUACGGCCACGAGUAUCUAGGCGCUGGAGGUGUCCUGGUAAUAACCCCGCUGACGGAUCGUUGCUACUUGUGCCUGAUGGGUGCGCUGCAGUUGGAUCUGGGCGGUGCCCCCGCCGGGCCGGCUGGCACUGGCAAAACUGAGACCACUAAAGACUUGGCCAAAUCUCUAGCUAUCCAAUGCGUCGUGUUCAACUGCUCAGAAGGACUGGACUAUAAGAUGAUGGGUCGCUUCUUCUCUGGUCUGGCAACAUCCGGCGCUUGGUGCUGCUUCGAUGAGUUCAACCGGAUCGACAUUGAAGUGUUGUCUGUCAUUGCGCAGCAACUCAUUACCAUCAGAAACGCCAAAGUUGCUAAAGUCUCACGAUUCAUGUUUGAAGGGCGAGAGAUCAAGCUAGUGCGAACUUGCGCCGCGUUCAUUACUAUGAACCCUGGCUAUGCGGGUAGGACAGAGCUGCCGGACAACUUAAAGGCCUUGUUCAGACCAAUUUCUAUGAUGGUACCUGAUUAUGCGCUCAUUGCCGAGGUUAUUCUCUACUCUGAGGGUUUCGAAUCGUCAAGAGGACUAGCGAAGAAAAUGGUUCAGAUGUACAAACUGUCCAGCGAACAACUAUCAAAGCAAGACCACUACGACUUUGGCAUGCGAGCCGUCAAAAGCGUGCUGGUGAUGGCGGGAGCGCUGAAGCGCGCAAGUCCGGACCAGCACGAGGAGAUGACGCUGCUAUGCGCGCUCAACGACAGCAACCUGCCCAAGUUCCUGGCCGCGGACGCCAUACUGUUCGCGGGGAUCCUGUCCGAUCUGUUCCCCGGCGUCGGUUUGCCCAUCCGGGACUACGAUGUCAUGAUAGGCUGUAUCACGGAAAUACUACUUGAAAAGAAGCUUCAGGUGGAAGCCGCUCAGAUCCGCAAAGUGAUUCAAUUCCACGAGACUAUGAUCGUGCGGUGGGGCGUGAUGUUGGUGGGGCCCACCGGAGGUGGCAAGACAGUCGUCUUACAUGUCCUUGGAGGUACAUACGUUCGCAUGUGGGAGAAAGAGAUCCCGGGCCCUACGAAUCAACCAGUGCACAUGUACAUUAUGAACCCUAAGAGUCUAUCCAUCGGAGAAUUGUACGGCGAGGUGAACCUGCAAACCCUGGAGUGGCAUGAUGGCAUCCUACCGCUGUGUUUGAGGACUGCUGUACAGUGCGAGAAGGCGGACCAUCAAUGGCUGAUUUGCGACGGGCCGGUGGAUGCCGUGUGGAUCGAGAACAUGAACACAGUGCUCGAUGACAACAAGAUGCUCUGCCUCUCCAACUCCGAGCGCAUCAAGUUAACGCCUUACGUGCACAUGGUGUUUGAGGUGGCAGAUCUAGCGCAGGCUUCGCCAGCGACAGUGUCGCGCUGCGGCAUGGUGUACAUUGACCCCGGCGACCUGGGCUACCUGCCCUUUGUGCGUUCCUGGCUCGACGAGGGCGUCGAGAAGAACCUCUUCAAUCAGGAGAACUCAGAGUUCCUUUACGAACUGUUUGGGAUGACGCAUGUGGCUGUAGAUUACGUCAAUGAGCAUUGCGGCGUUGGAAUUAAACAGGUGGACAUAAGCAAAAUAAACGCUCUAUGUUUCCUUUUGGGCGCCCUGCUGUCUGAGCCAGGCGAGCGGUUCCAGGACAAGCAAGCAGUCAAGGUGUACAUCGCCUACUGCUUCAUAUUCUGCUACGUGUGGUCUAUUGGCGGAAACAUCUUCGAGAACAACAGACGGCCUUUCGAAGAAGUCAUCAAACGACAGUUCGAAGAAUAUGAAGAAGCCGAAUAUUAUCCAGUCGGCUUCAACUUCUUCGACAUGUACAUGGACACAAAGAUGCGCCGGCUGAAGCCGUGGGGGGACAUAAUCCCCGUCUUCGUAUAUGACUGCGAUAAGCCAUUCUUCGAGACCCUGGUGCCCACCAUCGACACCGUCCGCUACGGAUACCUCUUCGAGAAACUUGUCGCGGUCAACAAGCCUGUCAUGUUCACUGGAAACACUGGUGUCGGAAAAACCGUAAUAGCAGCUGAAAGUCUUAAGAAAAUGUCCUCCACUGGGGUUUUCAUACCUGUCAUUAUGAACUUUUCAGCGCAAACUAGCAGUUCACGAACUCAGGAGAUGAUAGAAUUCCGACUCGACAAACGACCGAAGAGAGCGUUGGGCGCGCCGUUGAACAAGAAAGUGAUUGUAUUCAUUGACGACGUGAACAUGCCAAAACUCGAUGUUUACGGCGCCCAGCCAACUAUUGAAUUGCUCAGACAGUUGCUGGACUUCGGAGGGUUCUACGACCGAGAUAAGUUGUACUGGAAAGGUAUCCUGGACGUGGUGCUGUCGUGCGGCUGCGCGCCACCUGGUGGCGGCCGCAACCCGCUCACCGGCCGCUUCGUGCGACACUUCGCCAUGUUCUACAUACCCGCACCCAACGCUGAAGCCAUGAAGGUCAUCUUUAAGGCAAUUCUGAAAGGGCACAUGGAAGACUUUGUAACGGAAGUGUCGCAGCUCGGAGAACCGAUUGUGAACGCGGCCGUGGAUAUCUACUUAAAGAUCUGUGCUGAGCUGCUCCCCACGCCCGCCAAAUCGCACUACGUGUUUAACUUGCGAGAUUUGUCCAAGACCAUGCAGGGAGUACUGCAAGCCAACGCCGCUUACAUGCGUUUGCCGCAGGCUAUGCUAAGAUUAUUUUACCACGAAUGCAUGCGAGUGUUCCACGACCGUUUGAUUAACAUCCAAGACAAGAGUUACUUCCUUCACCUUAUGGAAAGCGUCUGUCAGAGGAACUUCGGGCAACCAAUUCUCGAUUUACCAGAGGACGCAAUUAUUGAUAAGCCUCCGAGACUUAUCUUCGGAGACUUCAUCAACUCUGCAACGCCGAAAGAAAACAGAGUUUACGCUGAGAUGCCUGACUUGUUCAAGCUAAUUGUUGUACUGAAGGAGUACCUAGACGAGUACAAUUCGACGGCGCGGGCGGAGAUGCACCUGGUGUUGUUUGAAGACGCAGUGGAACACGUGGUGCGGGUUGCGCGAGUGCUGCGAGCGGAGCGGGGCCACUGCCUCAUGGUGGGCCCCGGGGGUUCCGGCCGCCGCAGCGUCGCCACGCUCGCCGGACACGUGAAUGAGUGCAAAUGUAUGGGACUGGAGUUGAAACGCAACUACGACACACCAGAGUUCCACGACGACUUGCGCGUCAUGUAUGUUCGCGCCGGCAUGGCUGGCGAUGACACCGUGUUCCUCUUCACCGACACGCAGAUCGUCAAGGAGGGCUUCCUCGAAGACAUCAACAACAUGCUCAAUUCAGGCGAAGUUCCUAACCUGUUUGAGGGCGACACGUACGAGCAAGUUCAGAACGGGUGCCGGAAUGACGCAGCCAAAGCAGGAAUCAACCCGUCGGAUCGAGAUGCCGUGUACUAUUUCUUCAUAAACCGCGUGCGCUCCAAACUGCAUUUGUGCGUUUGUAUGAGCCCCGUGGGUGAGGCUUUCAGGCGUCGCUGCCGCAUGUUCCCGUCGCUGGUGAACUGCUGCACGAUCGACUGGUUCACCAAGUGGCCGCCGAUGGCGCUGCUGUCGGUGGCCCAGCAGUGCCUGCAGCCGCUGCAGAACCAGGACAUCAUCGACAAGAUCUCCGUACUCUGUGUCUCCAUGCAUCAGGACGUGGACGUGAUGACGGACCGGUUGUUCGACGAGAUGCGGCGCUACUACUACACGACACCGAGCAGCUACCUCGACCUGCUGAAGCUGUACCUGCAGCUGUUGGACAAGAAGCAGCAGGAGAUCAUCCGCGGCAGGGACAGGAUCUCCUGCGGGUUACGGAAAUUGUACGAGACAUACGACGUGGUGGGUGUGAUGGAGCAGCAGGUGCGCGACAUGGAGCCGGUGCUGGCGAAGAAGGCGGAGGAGGGCGUGGCCCUCGUCAACCAGCUGCGCAUCGAGCAGAAGGCUGCCGACGCCGUCAAGAAGGCCGUGUUAAAGGACGAGGCUGAAGUCAAGAUAAAAGCGGAAGAAGUGAGGCAGAUUGCCGAUGAGGCGAAGGCGGACCUGGCGUUGGCGAUGCCGGCGAUGGAGGCCGCGCAAAACGCACUCAAGGCACUGAACAAGGCUGAUAUCAACGAGUUGAAGGCUUUCCAGAAGCCGCCAGCCCUCGUGCGCUUCGUCAUGGAGCCUGUCUGCAUCCUACUGGGGGCUAAGCCUGAUUGGGACUCUACUAAGAAGUUAUUAGCGGACGUAAACUUUAUCCGCAAUUUAGAAGAGUACGAUAAAGACCACAUUCCAGACGCGACGCUCAAGAAAAUAAAAGUUUAUCUUACCCAUAAAGAUUUCAACCCAGACACCGUGGUGAAGGUUUCUAAGGUCUGCCGUUCUAUGGUCCUGUGGGUACAAGCCGUAGACAUGUACGCAAAAGUAUUCAGAGUGGUAGAACCAAAAAUACUAGCGCACAAGGAAGCCGCUCAUACGUUGAAGAACGUAAUGGCAGUAUUGAGAGCUAAACAGAAGGAAGUCGAAGCUAUCGAAGCGCAACUCGCCAAAAUGAUGGACCAGCUUCGGGUAGUGGAGGAGGAGCGCGAGCGGCUGCAGGCUGACGUGGACCUGGCGGCGGCGCGGUUGCUGCGCGCGGGCAAGCUGACCCAGGCGCUCGCCGACGAACAGACACGCUGGGAAGACAGCGUCAAGAGAGCGACAGAGCUGCUGGUCUGCACGACAGGGGAUAUAAUAAUAGCGGCCGGGUGUAUCGCGUACUUCGGCGCCUUCCCUUCGCAUUACCGCCGCGAGCUCGAGACGAAAUGGGUCACGCAGUGCCGCCAGCUUCAGAUACCUUCUUCUGACACUUUCGAUUUGAUAACAAUAAUGGCGGACUCGUACACGGUGCGUACGUGGAACUCGCAGGGGCUGCCGCGCGACGCGGUGUCCACUGAGAACGGCAUCCUGGUGACUAAGGCCGGCCGCUGGCCACUCGCCAUCGACCCGCAAGAACAGGCAAACAGAUGGGUGAAAAAUAUGGAAAAGGACAAUGGUCUGCAAAUAAUCAAGUUCACGGACCCAUCCUACUUGCGGAUGUUAGAGAACUGCAUCCGACUCGGCUGGCCGAUGCUCAUCGAAAACCUCGGGGAAACCGUGGAGGCCACGCUAUCACCUGUCCUGCUCAAGCAAACAUUCCUUCAGGCGGGGCGUUUGCUGAUACAUCUGGGCGACAGCGACAUUGAGUACGACACCAACUUCCGCCUGUACCUCACCACGAAGCUCGCCAACCCCCACUACCUGCCCGAGAUCUGCAUCCAAGUCACCCUGGUCAACUUCACCGUCACCCUCUCCGGAUUAGAAGACCAACUCCUUGCAGACGUGGUGCGCCUAGAGCGGCCAGACCUGGAGCUGCUACGGACGGAGCUGAUCGUGCGCAUCAAUACGGACAAGGCAACGUUGCUUGAGAUCGAGGACAAGAUCUUGCGCAUGCUGUACGCCUCCUCCGGGAACAUUCUCGACGACGAGGAACUCAUCGAGACCCUCAAUGAGAGCAAGGAAACUGCGGAAAUUAUCAACGCUCGUCUGGAGGAGACUGAAGCGACGGAGAUCAGCAUAUCAGCGGCGCGCGAGAAGUACCGCACGGUGGCCACGCGCGGCGCGGUGCUCUACUUCGCUGUGGCGCAGCUCGCUGACAUCGACCCCAUGUACCAGUUCUCGCUCAAAUACUUCAACCAGAUAUUUAAUCUGGUAAUAGAGAAAAGCGAGAGGGCCGAAAGUUUAGAAAAGAGGUUGGAAAUCCUGCACCGUGAGAUCACUCUGUCGGUGUACCGCAACGUGUCGCGGGGCCUUUUCGAGAGGCAUAAGCUGGUGUUCAGCUUCUUGCUAAAUAUGGCCAUCUAUAUCGACGCCGGACUUGUGAAGCAGGAUCAAUGGAAUUUCAUAUUACGCGGAGCCGCCGGCACUAAAGUGGUACCACCGAAAAAGCCACUCCUAGAAGCAAUGACCGAUCAGAUGUGGUUGGCAGCACACCAUUUGGAGGAAUGUGAUGAAUCUUUUCAAGGCAUAGUCGAGGAUUGCCUGAAAAAAAUACCCAUUUCUCUGGGGUCUUUUAGUGUGGAAAUACACGUGGACAAGACCAAUAACAAGCCACUGACAAAAGAUUGGAAUACCAUACUGACACCGUUCGAGAAGCUAAUGAUAGUGAAAUGUCUCAGAGAGGAGAAAUUAGUAUUUGCCAUAGCUCAGUAUGUGAGCACUAGCCUGGGCCAGGUCUUCAUCGAGAGUCCUACUGUACAACUGAACACACUAUAUGCUGACACGGCUGCGAAUAUACCUCUCGUGUUCGUCCUUAGCACCGGUUCUGAUCCGUUUGGCGCAUUCCAAAAGUUUGCUGUCGAAAUGGCAAUGCGCGAUCGUGUACACAGCAUCUCUUUAGGCCAAGGUCAAGGACCAGUUGCAGAAAAGAUGAUAAAUAAUGCGAAGCCAAAAGGCGAUUGGGUUUUCUUACAGAAUUGUCAUUUGGCUGCUUCUUGGAUGUCGAGCUUAGAAUUGAUGGUGAUCAAUCUGUCAAGUGAACACCCUCCAGACGCGUCGUUCAGGCUCUUCUUGAGUUCUAUGCCGACGCCAAAGUUUCCAGUCUUUGUUUUACAAAAUUCUGUGAAAGUUACUAACGAACCACCUAAAGGUCUCAAGGCGAACGUUAAAAGAGCUUUAAUUGAAAUGGAUGAAGAUUUCUUCGAAGAUCACGUGCUCGGCCAGGACUGGCGAACUAUGUUGUUUGGGAUUUGUGUCUUCCAUGCAAUUAUUCAGGAGCGCAAGAAGUUUGGUCCACUGGGAUGGAACAUUACUUACGAGUUCAACAACAGCGACCGCGAGUGCGCCAUGCUCAACCUGCAGAUGUUCUGCGAGGGCGGACACAUACCUUGGGAUGCGCUCGAAUAUAUUACCAGCCAAAUCACGUAUGGUGGCCGAGUAACCGACAUGUGGGACCAGCGAUGUCUGGCGACUGUACUCAAGGUUUUCUUUUCGCCACCCACCUUGGAGGAGGACUAUGCAUACUCAAAUUCAGGCAUUUACUACUGCCCCCGAGAGAAACGAAUUGACGCCUAUCGCGAGUAUGUAGAUAGCUUGCCUGUCAUAGAAGAUCCUGAAGUUUUCGGCAUGCAUGACAACGCAAAUAUAGCGUUUGAGAACAAAGAAACAAACUCCUUGGUUCAAACAAUAGUGGAGGUGCAGCCACGUAUGUCCGGCGGGGGCUCGGGCGACACGCCGGAACAGAUCGUGUGGCGAGUCUGUGACCAGACUCGCGUCACUGUACCACACAAAAUUGACAAGUCGCUAAUAAAUCGCGAUCUUCUUAUACCCGACGACAUGGGCCAAUUGCAUUCUCUCACAACCGUGCUGAUACAUGAAACCGAUAGAUUCAACACUCUACUCGGGAUAAUACACAGUUCUCUAAAUGAACUGCAAAAAGCUAUCAAGGGUAUAGUUGUCAUGUCUGAAGCAAUUGAAGACGUGUUUACGGCAUUUAUAAAUAAUAGAGUACCAGCUAUGUGGCAUAAAAAGGGCUAUAAUUCCCUCAAAUCACUAGGUAGCUGGAUCCAUGACCUAGUUCUCAGGAUUGACUUUAUAGAGAAGUGGCUGGUGGAGGGCGGGCAGCCGAGCAGCUGGGUGUCGGGAUUGUUCUUCCCGCAGGGCCUGCUCACCGGUUCGUUGCAGUCUUACGCGCGCCGCUACCACGUCCCCAUCGAUGCUCUCAUGUUCGACUUCACGCCGAUAUCUAUGAUACUCUUGCAAGAAGACGUAUAUAAGUACAAUAAGAGGAAAACCAAGGACGAUGACAAGGAACCCAACGUUUACGGGACACUAGCUGUACCAGAAGACGGUGUUAACAUUCAUGGACUGUUCAUCGACGCGGGCCGCUGGGAUAUGGGCUCGAAUAUGCUGGUGGACGCCUUACCAGGUCAAAUGAAUCCUCCCUUGCCGGUGAUAUGGUUCCGACCUGUGCUGGAGUUGCCAAGCCCUGACCCACGCUACAACGCACCUUUGUAUAAGACAUCUGAACGUGCGGGUAUACUGUCUACGACGGGACACAGUACGAACUUCGUUUUGCCGGUGCUGCUCAAUACUGUCAAGCCUUCUGACUUCUGGAUUAUUCGCGGCACUGCACUUUUGACCAUGAUUACUGAUUAAUAGUUUUCCAAAAAUAAGUGUGUGGUGUGGUGAAAAUGUUAUACCUACCCUGAAGUCAGUUUUGUUGUAGUGACAAAUGCAAUAUGUACGCGGCGUGUAGGCACGACCAUGGUUACCACUGUGGAAUACGCAAUUAAGCAAAGGAACAAGCAAUUUGCCAUCGUGUUCCUAAUCUAAUCAAACUUUACUCUGUAAAGACAAAUUUUUCAAUUAGCUGUGUACUUGCAGUGUCGUUUGAAUCGAUCAUCAAAGUAUUAUGUUAAGGUACAUAUAGUUUUACAUUCACUUGCGUACGUCAUUUAAUAUUCAUAAAUCGUACGAAAAAUAAAAUACAAGAAUAUCACCAUGCAAAACGCAUGUCGUAGUGAAUGCACAUUAUUAUAUUUGUAAUUAUUAUUUAAAGCUGUUUUAGUUUAUUUUAUUUUUGAUCCGUUUAAAUAAAAUCAAUAAAAUGAUCAGUUUUUAUUACAACUUAUAAAUUAUAAUAAAAUUAUUUGCCAGUGUUAUAUAUUUGUUAAAACGAUACUGUAUGUUCAUGCUUAAUGUAUGUAUGAUAUCUGCGGCAUGUAUGUAUACAUGCACGUUACAUGCGCGUGCGUUACCUUUUUAAAAAAUAUAAGUCAUUAUUAUAAAGAA